GGAAGGCGGGAACUCUCCCAGGUCCACAGCACAAACCCGGGGAAUACGCGCGCUUUAGGAGCCUGCAGAACGGGCUUCUGCAAAGCGCGCUGCAAUAAGAAGCGCAGGAACCUAGUACAGCAGACGUUGCAAGUGCCGCGCAUCAAAAGACGGGGCCCCUGUAGUGUAAGCAUUCUUGGAUGCACUAUGCACUUAGCAGAUUUCUAUACUUGCACUCUGACAUAAGUUCAUUACUAAAAAGCUUAAGUCCUUGGAGCUUUCUCAAAAAGCACGUUGGGUUUCUUGCAGCGUGCACCUGAGCAGCGGACUGCUCUUCAAAUUCAGCCCCAAAUUCCCGCUCCCGGAAUGCACGGUGGGUUCUGAAUUCAAAAAUCCAGAGCAAGCAGCCUUCUAGCCAAUCAUUGCACCUUAUCACUAUCCUGACUUUGGCGCGAACUGUACAGAACUAGAUAGUCCUAUCCAUUUGUCACUAAUUUCUAGCAGGGGAGAGUCGUGCUCAGAACCCAAUUGCAUGGUAGACUAACAAGUUCACUUUCGCAUGUUUGGGCUGCUGAACUUUCCGCGCUUUCCUCAACGCCAUCUCUCGGUCUUUUCCGUGGGGGAAGCAAAGGGCAUCGCUCCACCCAAGUGCUGCGGGGUAAAGACGGUUGGGCGGAGGAACACUUCCAAAAUACCUCUCCACGGGCUGGUGCGAGGUCUCACCCCGCCCCCUCGCCCCCUCGCCCCCUCGCCCCCUCGCCCCCUCGCCCCCAAAUCGGCUUUCACAACCCAGCCGCUUUUUCCAAUCUGGGUCUCUGCUCAAGUUGGGAGUAGUUAGUUAAGCAGCAAUUUGGGGCCACUGUUCCCCGCAAAGCAUGUUCACUACCUGCACCAUGCUUGCGCACGCUCGCCCUAUUUUUCGUACGCCCUGGACACGAAUGCGUCCCCAGGGGGUCGCACUCACAACUAGAUGUACUGUGAAUGCUAAUAGGGGGCGUUUAACCGACGCGUGUGCAUACGCUUUGAACCUGCGGAAGGCGCCGUACCGCUAUAUAAGGCGCGCAAGUGCCAGACGGCGCCAGAAAGAGGUCCCGGCGCCAGAAAAGCGCUCGCCCGAGCCAUUGGUCCCAGAGCCAGUUCCAACCCCGGGAUCGCCGCGGAACCCCGCACAGAGUCUGCAAAAGUGCACAGCUUUAUCGACAGCGCCUGAAGCAUGGAGUCUCUUCGCGGGUACACCCACAGUGAUAUUGGCUACCGCAGCCUGGCAGUCGGCGAGGACAUCGAGGAAGUGAAUGAUGAGAAACUUACCGUGACCUCGCUGAUGGCAAGGGGAGGAGAGGACGAGGAGAAUACACGGUCCAAACCUGAGUACGGAACAGAAGCGGAAAACAACGUUGGCACGGAAGGGUCCGUCCCCUCGGACGACCAAGACCGUGAGGGUGGCGGCGGCCACGAGCCGGAGCAACAGCAGGAGGAGCCGCCCCUGCUCGAGCUGAAGCAAGAGCAGGAGGAGCCGCCCCUGCUCGAGCUGAAGCAAGAGCAGGAGGAGCCGCCCCAGGCGACCGUGGAGGGGCCACAGCCGGCGGAGGGGCCACAAACCGCUGAGGGACCACAGCCCCCAGAGAGGAAACGCCGCCGCCGCACCGCGUUCACGCAGUUUCAGCUGCAGGAGCUAGAGAACUUUUUCGAUGAAUCUCAAUAUCCCGACGUUGUGGCGCGAGAGAGACUUGCAGCACGUCUGAAUUUGACUGAAGACAGAGUGCAGGUUUGGUUUCAGAACAGAAGAGCCAAGUGGAAACGAAAUCAGAGGGUGCUAAUGUUGAGAAACACUGCUACUGCUGACCUGGCCCACCCUUUGGACAUGUUCUUGGUUGAGGCCUAUUAUGCUGCUCCUGCUCUGGAUCCUGCUUUGUGUGUUCAUCUGAUGCCAGAAGUACCUAGACCACCUGUGCUGCCUGUGCCACCUAUGCCACCCAUGGUCCCUAUGCAACCCAGGCUACCCAUAGCACCUAUGCCACCCAUGGCACCUGUGCCACCCGGGCCACACAUGGCGCCUGUGCCACCCUGGCCACGCAUGGCGCCUGUGCCACCCUGGCCGCCCAUGGCGCCUGUGCCACCCUGGCCGCCCAUGGCGCCUGUGCCACCCUGGCCGCCCAUGGCGCCUGUGCCACCCGGGCCGCCCAUGGCGCCUGUGCCACCCUGGCCGCCCAUGGCGCCUGUGCCACCCGGGCCGCCCAUGGCGCCUGUGCCACCCUGGCCGCCCAUGGCGCCUGUGCCACCCGGGCCGCCCAUGGCGCCUAUGCCACCCAGGCCACAUGUGCCUCACACUGGCCUGGCUCCUGUACACAUCACAUGGGCCCCUGUCAUCAACAGUUAUUAUGCAUGUCCCUUUUUCUAAAGUAAGGUCUUCAUAACAGUUUUUCCAAAGUUCUUUCCUGCCAGAUAGAAAUUGUGCACAGCACAGCAUCAAGUAAUUCGUUAGAUGCUUGUUAAAUGAAGUGGGUAGGUGAACAAAGUUAACGAAUGCCCUGUUAUUUUUGUAGGCCACAUAAUUGUAGUAUUUUCAAUAAAGAUGUGACUUAAUAGUA